AGAAGGGUUUCACAGCAUUAAAAAAAUGGCAGAAACAUAGUGAGAACAGAGAGAAGAAGAAGGAAAAAAAAAAAGAAAAAGAUGUCAGGAGUCACUCAACAAGAAGAAGACAAGAAGCCCGCUGAUCAGGCUGGUCACAUAAACCUCAAAGUCAAGAGCCAGGACGGAAAUGAGGUGUUUUUCAGGAUUAAGAGAAGCACGCAGCUGAAGAAGCUCAUGAACGCUUACUGUGAUAGGCAGUCUGUGGACUUCAACUCUAUUGCAUUCCUGUUUGACGGACGUCGCCUCAGGCUCGAGCAGACUCCUGAUGAGCUUGAGAUGGAGGAUGGAGAUGAAAUCGAUGCUAUGCUGCAUCAGACUGGUGGAUAUUUGGGUUAGCUUUAUAUCGGAGGGUUAUGGCCAGCGUAAAUUAGAUUGUCUUCGGUUUAUAUUGGCCAAACUAUUUUGAAUGUAUUUUAGUUAUGAAUUGCUUAUGGAUGGUUAGACUUUGGGUCUUUAAUGCUAAUUAAUUAUCCUAUUAUUAA